UCUGUACAGUCUGCGGUGGAGGUAUGUAGUGUAUAUAUAUAUAUAUAUAUGAGGAUUGUGAUGUCAUCAGGAGGAGUCGCAGUUCUCGGUGACGUCAUUACGGGGGACAUAGAAAUUAUUGAAGAACUUUUAUUUACUUUGUAUUUGUGGAUGUAAACAGCAGCGAUUCCUCCAUUGUUACCAUUAACCCUUUAAUGACUCGGUGUAUGUACAUUUUGUUUCCUCCUCGCCCUCUAAUGACGCUUUUAGUUUCCCUCUUACAGACCCAUAUGAGGACUUGUUUUUUGGCAGCAGAGAUUCCCUAUUAGUCCCCUGAGUAUAUAUCAGUGUAUUUAGAUCAGUGUUUCCCAACCAGGGUGCCUCCAGCUGUUGCUCUCCACUGUCUGUACCUGCCUGUCUGUGUCCCAAUGGAUGUAACUAAUAUAAAGUAACAUUCCUUAUAUAGAGAACAGUGCUGAGGUCUCUCCAGGUUCCUAUAAGGUGUCAGGACGUGGCGGUGUAUUUCUCCAUGGAGGAGUGGGAGUAUGUAGAAGGACACAAGGAUCAGUACAAGGAUCAGGUGAUGAUGGAGGAUCAGCAGCCCCUCACAUCAGCAGUCAGAUCCAGUAAGAGAACAGCAGCAGAGAGGUGUCCCCGUCCUCUUCUUCCACAGGAUCAGGAUCAGUUUAUGAAUCAGGGUAAAGAUCUGAUCUAUGUUAAUGCUACAGACAUAAAGGAAGAAGAAGAGACAGAUGUGAGAGGUGAUGAGCAGUAUAAGGUGGACAUUACUACAGGGAAAGAUCUGAUCUAUAUUAAUGCUACAGACAUGAAGGAUGAAGAAGAAGAGACAGAUAUGAGCAGUGAUGAGCAGUAUAAGGAGGACAUUCCUACAGGGAAAGAUCUGAUCUGUAUUAAUGCUACAGACAUAAAGGAUGAAGAAGAAGAGACAGAUGUGAGCGGUGAUGAGCAGCAUAAGGAGAACAUUCCUACAGGGAAAGAUCUGAUCUGUAUUAAUGCUACAGACAUAAAGGAAGAAGAAGAAGAGACAGAUGUGAGCGGUGAUGAUCAGUAUAAGGAGGACAUUCCUACAGGGAAAGAUCUGAUCUAUAUUAAUGCUACAGACAUAAAGGAAGAAGAACAAACAGAUGUGAGCAAUAAGGAGCAGUAUAAGGAGGACAUUCAUACAGGUAACCACCCAGAUUCUUGUACCCGGAGAUCAGAGGAGAAUCUUAUAUCUUCAUAUUAUAAAGCAGAUGAUGAUAUCACACAAGAUACAUAUGAAGAACAUUCCAUUAUCCCAGAUACACCCUCAGCCCUUCACAGCCAAGAUCUGUCAUCUCCUCCUGUUAUACCCGUCCUGUCUUCUGAUCCAUCACAGGCUGUUAAGUCACAUCUUGUUGAGCAUCAGAGAAUUCACACAGGGAAGAAACUUUUUUCAUGCCAAGAAUGUGGGAAAUGUUUUACUAAGAAAUCAUAUCUUGUUGACCAUCAGAGGAUUCACACAGGGGAGAAGCUAUUUUCAUGCUCAGAAUGUGGUAAAUGUUUUAUUUUUAAAUCAAAACUGGAUAAACAUGUGAAAAUUCACACAGGGGAGAAGCCAUUUUCAUGCCAGGAAUGUGGGAAAUGUUUUACUAUGAAAUCAUAUCUUCUUGAACAUCAGAGGAUUCACGUGGGGGAGAAGCCCUUUUCAUGUUCAGAAUGUAGAAAAUGUUUUAUUUUCAAAUCCCAACUUGAUAAUCAUGUGAGAAUUCACACAGGGGUGAAGCCAUUUCCAUGCCAAGAGUGUGGAAAAUGUUUUAGUGAGAAAUCUAAUGUUAUUCGCCAUCGAAAAACUCACACAGGGGAGAAACCAUUUUCAUGCCAAGAAUGUGGGAAAUGUUUUAUUUUCAAAUCACAGCUUGAUAGCCAUGUGAGAACUCACACAGGGGAGAAGCCAUUUUCAUGCCAAGAAUGUGGGAAAUGUUUUAUUUUCAAAUCAGAUCUUGAUAGACAUGUGAGAACUCACACAGGGGAAAAGCCAUUUUCAUGCCAAGAAUGUGGGAAAUGUUUUACUAUGAAAUCAUAUCUUCUUGACCAUCAGAGGAUUCACGCUGGGGAGAAGCCCUUUUCAUGCUCAGAAUGUGGAAAAUAUUUUACUUUCAAAUCAAAACUUGAAAAACAUAUGAAAAGUCACACAGGGGAGAAGCCAUUUUCAUGCCUAGAAUGUGGGAAAUGUUUUAUUUUGAAAUCACAGCUUGAUAGCCAUGUGAGAACUCACACAGGGGAGAAGCCAUUUUCUUGCCAAGAAUGUGGGAAAUGUUUUACUAUGAAAUCAUAUCUUAUUGACCAUCAGAGAAUUCACACAGGGGAGAAGCCAUUUUCAUGCUCAGAAUGUAGAAAAUGUUUUAGUUUCAAAUCACAACUUGAUAAUCAUGUGAAAAUUCACACAGGGGAGCAGCCAUUUUCAUGCUCAGAAUGUAGAAAAUGUUUUAGUUUCAAAUCACAACUUGAUAAUCAUGUGAGGAUUCACACAGGGGAGAAGCCAUUUUCAUGCUCAGAAUGUAGAAAAUGUUUUAGUUACAAAUCACAACUUGAUAAUCAUGUGAGAACUCACACAGGCGAGAAGCCAUUUUCUUGCCAAGAAUGUGGGAAGUGUUUUACUAUCAAAUCAAAGCUCGUUACGCAUCAGAAAAUUCACACAGGAGAGAAGCCAUUUUCAUGCCAAGAAUGUGGGGAAUGUUUUGCUGAAAAAUCACGCCUUCUUGUUCAUCACAGAACUCACACUGGGGAAAAGCCAUUUUCAUGUUCAGAAUGUGGGAAAUCUUUUACUGUGAAAUCAACUCUUGUUAAACACCUAAGAACUCACACAGGGGAGAAGCCAUUUUCUUGUCCAGAAUGCGGGAAAUGUUUUACUCAGAAAAUACAACUUGUUAAACAUCAUAGAAUUCACACAGGGGAAAAGCCAUUUCCAUGCCAAGAGUGUGGAAAAUGUUUUAGGGAGAAAUCAGAUGUUAUUCGCCAUCGAAAAACUCACACAGGCGAGAAACCAUUUUCAUGUCUAGAAUGUGGGAAAUGUUUUACUAUGAAAUCAAAGCUUGUUGCACAUCAGAGAAUUCACACACAAAAGAAGCUAAUUUCAUGACCAGAAUGUGGGAAAGUUUGUGUU